AUGGACGGUCUCAACCAAGGCCCGUUGCGCACACAGCAGUUUCGCGCCUACCCAGACACCUUUGAAGAAGCCGUCCGAAUCGUGCUUUCGGAAUCAUUCUCCUCCUCCUUUGCGCACGCACGCGCCGCGUCCUCAGACAUGGAUGUCUCCAUGCUCGCCCAGGCAUCGGACGACCGCAUGUGUUUCAAUUGCGGUCGCCCGGGACACUUCUCCCGCGCAUGCCCGGCCCCUCGCCGUGUGGCGUCAGCCGCCCCGCCCUCACACGGUUCCCCCCGUACUGCGUCCGAUACCCCCUUCGCGUCGCCCUCCGAGCGGUACACCUAA